AUGGCAUCAGGUCAUUCCGCUCCGUCAUCGUCAUCAUCAAUUCCAAAGCCAACAGUCAAGGGUCCGGCUCUCCAUCAAGUAUCGUCAAUUGCUUCACUGCGACCGAGUAAUCAAACCCCUCACGCUACGCUUUCUUCGGCGUCCGUUGAUAAAACCAGUGCCUUUGCAGAACAAGGCGAAGUCAAAUCUGGACGAGCACUCAGUGUAAGCAGACGAGCGAGGGAUGAUUGGAUUGUCAGUGGUCAGGAGAAAGCUUUGUCGUCCGAUAGCAAAUUUCGAAAAUAUGCCGCCUUGGUGGAACGCACCUUACUCUCGAUCGAUCAAGUCAACGAAUGGGCUGACUUUAUCACCUUUUUAGCCAAAUUGCUCAAAACUCUUCAAUCUCAUCCUCAAUAUUCCAUCAUUCCUCAUAAACUGAUAGUAGCCAAGAGACUCAGCCAGUGUCUCAAUCCUGCUUUACCUCAAGGUGUUCAUCAACGAGCAUUGGACGUUUACGAAUACAUCCUUACAACAAUCGGGUCGGACGGUCUCAGAAGAGAUUUACAAGUUUGGAGCGCUGGGCUGUUUCCGUUCUUUCAGUAUGCGGCUACGGCUGUACGAGAGUUGAACAUUGAUGGUCCCUCGCGAUUGCCACAGCCAAUAGUUCUGGGUCUUUACGAGAAGCAUUAUCUACCGUUAAAGGCAGACCUCCGACCAGCUAUCAAGGCUUUCAUUUUGGCGGUUUUACCUGGAUUGGAGGAAGAGACCGGUGAACACUUUGAACGAGUGUGCUCCCUGUUAGAUCAACUAUCAGGCGCAGUAUCACUAUCAUUCUUCUUGCAAAAUAUGUGGUUGAUCUUGAUAACUGGGCCGGGUUACCGGAUAUCAGCUAUCAACUUUUUGUGCCGAAGAAUGCCUCAAUUUGAACCUGAUCGAAGCAUAUCACCAAUAGUGGGUGAAGACGUGGGAUUGAUGGUACGAGGAUUCGCCGCUGCGCUCGAGGACAGCAAUAUCUUGGUCCAACGAGGUAUAUUGGACUUGAUACUGAAUCAUGCAAGGCUCGACAGCCACGGAUUUAUCCAUGACACUCGACAUCUUGACCAGCUCUUACUUACGCGGGCCGCAUUGGGGGUAGUCCUCCGAAGAGAUUUAUCCUUGAGUAGGCGGCUGUACACUUGGCUUCUGGGUCCUAUUCCAGCUACCGAAGAACCCGCAGGCCAGCAGCUCAACUACUUUAGAAAAUACGGAUUGGCUCUGGUCACCGAAUCUUUGAGAGAAGACAUGCAAGCGGAGUAUGUUGAUCUGGUCGUCGAACGGCAAAGGCCUUUCAAAAUUUUCAUCGCUCUACUUGAUAAAUGGGAGAUUGGAGGACCCAUCACCGAAGCUUUGGCGUUGGACGCUUUCAGGGCAUUGAAAGGAAUCUUAAAGCCAGGCGACACACAAGAUGAGCUGUUGUUAACCGCCAAUAUGUUAUUCGAUGCGCUCGACCCGCACACCACCUGGAAAACGUUGUUUAUGUCUGCCCACACCUAUGCAUUAUCGGAUAGACCUACCUCAGAUAGUCUAUCAUUGAUCAGGUUCAUCCUCAAAACAUUUCGCAUCAAUGACGAGGAGCUCAUCCGAAUACAUAUACCACUCAUGGCAUUUGUGCUCAUCGAUAUAGUCGAUACAUGCAAGCUGGAAGGCUCUAAAAUACCAUUGUUGCAACAUGAAGCACUACAAGUCGCUGGGACGCUGUUACAAGAGGUCCCCAUCAAAAUAGAUGAGAAUGAAGCCGAUGAAGCCGAUGUAUUAGCCUCAGACUUGUCCAACCUACAAUUGGCUCAAACAUUCUAUGCGGCUAACACCUUCAAGGAGGUCGAUCAUGGCUGCAUCGCCCGCUUGAAACACCGCAAAUUUUACACAGCUGGACUGUCAGCCACUCUGCGUAUUGUUGCCGAUAUCGCUUCAAGGCCUUCGGCGGAAAAGCGGUUUGAAAUACUCGACGCAGCACUCGACGUGUUGGAAGCUCUUCUUCAAUCAAUCCAAGCUGCCCAUGUUCGCAUGGAGCUCGAUUGGAAACCGCAAGCUUGGGCGCCUCCUGUUCUUGACUGCCUGCAAGCGUUGGCUAUUGAUGCCAGUGGUUUUGCUUCCACUGAGAGGUUGGUCCGCGUGAUGCUGAAACUUUCAGACCAGACCAGCAUUUCCCCGGCAUUCCCAAUAGACUCCCGUACCGCACUAUCUGUAAUAAUCGGCAAAUUGCUCGACUUUUUACAGCGGCAUGCGGCUCCAUUUUUCCUACAGGCCGUGAAGCUCAUCUGGGAUCUCAACAAAUUGUCCAAGUUUAGGCAUGUGGAGGGAAUUAUCACUUCCAGGCUAUCCUCUCGAGACCCAACCACCCGAGAGCUAGCAUUUGAAGCGUUCGGCAAUUUGUGGCGAUACACAGAAUAUCUUCUUACAGACGACGUUCAGCUUCCGGGGGCAUGUCUCAGAAUCCCAAUGUUGAUGGUGCUAGACAGUCUCAAGGAUGACAACCUGGUCAAUCGCCGCUGUGGGGAAGCAUGGAUGCGAUGUAGCCUAAAGUCGUACCUUCGUGUGCUUGAUCCUCUUUUCAUCACUUUAAUUUCUUCGGAAAUAAAACGAUCACCGACCACCAUCACACUCGGAGAUCGCACCUUCUCCAUUUUUCACUAUACUCACCCAUUCAAUCAAGCUGCAGUCAACCACGCCUUGGAGUGUGUGUUGACUUUGGCGCGUUUCGGCGGGCAUGGUUUUACUCGGAUUGCUAAGACAUGUUAUAUGAAGCACUCGCAUGAUCCAGUGUUGCGAAAACUGUUAGAUGCUGCUUACCUCUGCCGUUCACCAGCUGGGCUGAACGCCGCCACAUAUUUGGACGGCUUAGUUAAAGUGCUGAUUAUGUACAUCAACAGUGAUCCUGCGCCUAGAUUGACUCCAGCAAUGGAGGCUUUGAACCUUCUCAUUCACGCCACGAUAUCUGAUAUCUUACAAAUGAUUGUCUCUCGAGGUGACCUGACCGGGUCGGAUUUAGCCAUGUUCGAAGAUACGCUUAGUAAUCGCUUGUUAAUAUCAAUUCGAACCUCAGAAUUGAAUCUUCAAAACAAAUUUUUACAUGCGCUUCACGCCAUCAUCAGCGCGGGCUCAGCAUCAUCAUCUCAAUCAUUCCGCAAUGAUUCUCUCGAGAUUGGGCGUAGUAAUGACAGGGCCGCGCAGUUGUUUACUAUUGUGGUUGGUGAUGGAGUUACAACUCAACGCAACAGCGCUGUGGUCCAUCAUUGGAUUGAUUUUUUGCUGAUGACAAUUCCACAAUUCCGACGAUCACUCGAUGAUGUAGUCAAUCCACUGAUUGAUCGACUAGUGGGCCGUCUACGCACGUUGAUAUAUGACAUGAUGACGACAUAUCAUGAUGACUCUCAUGACAAACCAAUGGCUUCCGAAUCUACCGACUCGGAUUUUGCUGUAUUUGUCAAUGCUCUAGAGCGCUUGAUGGUAGUUUUGAUUGAAGGAGGCGGUGUCAACACGGGCGGAGGUGACGGGACUGCCAAUAAAGGUAGUUCCGAGCGUCUCAUGUCCGUCGAAUCAAGUGCAGGCUUGUUUGCUGGUGUGUUUGGAGUUUUGGGUGCAUCUGAAUCAGCCGCACAGCUCCCACAUGAACGACCUAAAACCGACUUCCAAGUGCGGCUUGGGACCGCUACUUCUGUCCUCUUGAAAUCGUGGGAUAUUGGCAUCAGUAUCAGUGAUUUGAAUGAGGCUGAAUCGUCCAGCUCGAAAGCACACUUCGCUUCUCGCAUCAAAAUCAGAGCUCGAAAGGCGUUCGAGCGGCUUUACAAGGCCGUGCCCAACGAGGUUCUCGAAUCCAUCAUUGACCAUUGGAGCUCCGAGACAGCAUCCUAUUCCACGGAUUCUUCAACGGAAGAUCAUUUGUUCGUCUUGUUAGAUCAUCUAGCACCAAGUGCUCAAACCAUCGUGACCAUGCUGUAUGAGCGACUUUCUGCCUAUGGUCACUUGUCACAAUCCGAUCGUGGGAAGGCAGUUGCUUCAGCCAGCUUUUUGCCGGAGAGUGUCUUAUUUGCCUUCUUGGAGGCUUAUCUAUCAAGGCUUGAAGGGCCCAUCGCUGUACAGAUAUGGACCAUCUCCCUGACGUUUGUUCGUGACGUACUGGCUAAUCCGACCAUGACCAAGGGUCAAACAUUUCCAACACUCAAGUGUUUUUCCAUUCUCGCUGACAAGAUCAGUCAAACAAGUGCACUUGAAGACAGACGUAUGCGACGAGAUCUUCAGGACACGUUUGUCAAAUUAUGUGACGUCAGUGUCCAAGGUGCUGGGAAGCAUCUGGAGCAAAAUAAAUUAAGAGCGCCGGACUCUAUUGGUGACCACCCCUCGCCGGCUGUUGAAGAAGAUAUGCUGAUAUCCCCAGUACCACCAAGUAUAAUACAUGACGAGAAGAAAGGUGUAGAUAUUGAAAAGCCCGCCACAGCUAGUGAAAUAACAACAUUCAUGUCCGAAAAAGCUCUUCCUGGUUGUCGCAGGUUUCUCAUCGAGCAUGAAAAACUGUAUGCCAUCUGUGUAAACAUAAUAUAUUACAUAAUCACGCCUGCAUUCAAGUCUCGUGCACUACUCAUCUACAGAACGUCUGAAGUGGAUGGUACAAUUCUCGAUCUCCUCAUCGAGAUGACCAAGCAUUCUGCCGCAGCUAAAGCAUGGCGCGCACAUGUGACGGAAACAUUUGGGGAUCCCAAAUUUUUCAAUUGUUCGCCUGAGACUGGACGGCGAUGGAAACUGAUUAUCCAGGCCCUGUUGAAUACUGACAAGGAGCGAUUUACGGAAAUGCUGAGCCGGCUCACCACAGCGCCGUCCUCUAACAUCUUCACCAAUAAGGAAAUGGAGAUGGUUACUAGAUCACUCAACCUCAGGCGCAUCACUUAUGCCAUAUACGCGGCGGAAUACAAUCGGUUCCUGGUGCACUUGCCCAGUAUACAGGAGAAGGUGGUGGAUUUGUUAAGAUCUAAUGUUGGUGAGAUAGUACACGCGGAAGUCUAUCUAUGUAUGCGAGUGUUAUUGUGUCGGAUCGCCAAUCAGCACCUAGGAGGAUUUUGGCCUAUCAUCUUGACCGAAUUGACGCGACUGUUUGAAAGCAUGAUUGAGAACACGCCCUAUUCGCCCCACUUUUUGGCUUUGGCACUCUCAGCAUCCAAGUUUCUUGACUUGCUUCUAGUCUUGCAGACUGAGGACUUUCAAAUACACCAAUGGAUGUUCAUUACCGAUACAGUCGACGCUAUAUACCCUCCCGAUCCCUGGUUUCCGCAUGCGAUCAUAGAUAGGCUAGCAAGCACACUCAAUGAACGCAGCAGUCUACCUGUUGAUCGUCCAAGGUCAUCAUUGAUCAUUCCAUCGCAAGUCUCGCCUCCGAUCUUUCGUUUGAUCAAACCACAUCUCUCGCGGCAAGGCUCGUCGACCAGCCUGAGUUCCCGAGUUGGUGGCUUUCCAGGUCGAGAUGAACUCUUAUCACCAGCAGUGGUGGUAGGUCGACGACCUUUGUUGAGCCGGACGAAGAAAAUUGAUAAUGUCGGGCCAUUGGAACGGUUCUUUUCAAAAAUCAGUCUAACAAAUUAUGAAGCAUGUUACGCAGGCGGUGUAGUCGAUUGGGAUGAGGUUGAAGUGGAUCUAGAAGUUGAUCUUUUUGAUGGAAAAGAUUGA